ACAUGUAGAACUACUGAAGAACUACUGAAGAACUCCUGAACUACUGAACUACUGAAGAACUACUGAAGAACUGCAGAAUAGCUCAAUGGCACAUGCACAAGCUCGCAGAUCUAUCGCUGAAACUAAAAGAUAAGCUGCAACCGCCUCCCAUCAACUACGCUACAAAACCGUCCGCCUACCAGACAUCUCAUGCUGAAGCUACCUGUCUCUCCCCCUGCUCGAGCUCAAAUUCAGUCUUUGUGCCUAUUGGCAAGCCAGACGUAGCAAAGUACAAAACCCAGAGUCAUCCAUGCUUGCCAAAAUCCAUCGCUCCAGCCAAUCAAUCCGGCAAACCCAUCCCAACCAACAAGUUCUAUAGCAACCUGUACUUCGGGAGUCAGCGUCAAGCUGCCUAUGUUCUGCCAUACACCAUGAACUAUAACGGAAGUGGGGUGGAUAUUGGUCACACCAAUGCUACUCAGCUCUGCUUCGGCCCCGAUCCUGGCGCAAAGACUGCGCAGUACUGCUUCGCGCCAGUUGGUAUUGUGUCGCUGGCAAUCGAUUCUGUAGAAUCAACAAAGCUGCGGCUCAGCAACGCAGAUCAGUUCAGCAUCCAUCUUCAUUUAGAAUCUGGACCUCGGUCCAUUGAAAUGCCCUUGGUGACGGGCAUGGCUUUUGUUUCAGCCAGAUACCUUGCCCUUACGCCAGUCCUGCGCUCCAAAGUGCAAUUUCGCUCAGUGAUCGAACAGCCUGCAGCACACUGCCAAAAAUGGCACCUCGUACUCGAGGACGGUGAGCUCUGGAUUGCCUAUUGGUUCGGCCCACGCAUCUCUUUUCAGCAGAUGGCGUCUGAUUGCCUACAGGCCUCUUCACAGGUCUCGGGACUUCUUCAAGUGGCAAAAGUCAGGUCGCCUGCUGCUGAAGCAGUCUUGGAUCAAUCCGCAGGCACCGUUGUGGAGAGCAUCAUCCUAGCAGGGACUGCUGGAGAAGCUCAUGGAAGCUACACGAUGACAUUUGUCAAAACAGGAGCAGCAUCACCGGCCAUGUAUGCGCUGCCGCACCAUGUAGCUUCUUUUGAUGCUCAGACUUCAAGUUGUAUCGGAGAAGCGACACUGGAUUCUCAAGUCAACGGACCCAUGACCCUCGUCCAAGCUGAAUCGUGGACAAUGCACGAGGCAUUACCAGCUGGAGCGCAACUUGCCCUGAUGCCCGAAAUUCGACAACAAGACUUGGCAGCAGUCUCUCAAGCCAUCGGUCAAGACUGUCAGCAAGAUUUUGAUGCUGGCUGCCGUGCAGACUCGAUGUAUUUUGGCGGCAAGGCACUUGCGAAGCUUGCACAAGUCACUCUGCUCGCGACACAGCUCAAUCAUGCAGCAGCUUCGCAUCUGAUGCAAAAUUUUGAGCGAAACUUGUUGAUCUAUGUUGACAACCAACAGCAAUUCCCGCUUGUCUAUGACAACACCUGGGGCGGCUUGGUCUCUUGCCAAGGAUUUCAAAAGGAUCCCAUGGCAGAUUUCGGUAAUACCUGGUACAACGACCACAUGUUUCACUCUAGCUACCACGUCUUUGCAGCAGCAGUCUUUUUGAUUCUCUCGCCAGAUUCACCGCAUGCUGGACGCAUACGUGCCUAUGCAGAGAUUUUACUGCAGGAUUUCAUGAACCCAGUGGAGACGGCUGUAUUUCCUGCCUUUCGCAAUUUCGACUGGUUUGUGGGCCAUUCCUGGGCCAAGGGCCUGUUUGAGUCGGCGGACGGCAAGGAUGAGGAGAGUUCGUCGGAGGAUGCCUUUGCGACGUUUGCAGCAUACUUGUAUGGCAUGGCAGCAGGCUUGCCGAACCUCGCUUCACUUGCUCGGCUCAUGCUGGCUGUGCAAAAGCGAAGCAUGAACCUGUACAUGCUGUUUCAGAAGGAUAACAGCGUGAUGCCAAGGCAAAUCAUUGGCAACAAGGUGAGUGGCAUUCGCUUUCAAAACAAGGUGGACUAUGCCACGUAUUUUGGGGCGAAUCGAGAGUACAUUCAUGGCAUUCACAUGAUUCCACUCUCUCCCAUCUCCGCCUUCAUACGGCCACGAAGAUUCGUCGAGGAAGAAUGGAGCGAGCGGGUGCAGGCAGUGAGCGGAUGCGCUGGUGGGUGGCGCGGUAUCAUAUGGGCCAAUUAUGCGUUGGUUGAUGCUGAAGCUGCAUGGCAGUUUUUCACCUGUGGAUUCGACAGACAAUAUCUGGAUGAUGGAGCCAGUCUCUCCUGGUACCUGGCAUUUGUAUCUAGCUUGCGUAGCCCGUAGCCCUAUCACCUCGACGGUCUUGCUUGCUCCAUCUCGUCGCCCAAAUGCA